AUGACUGGUGAUUCGGAGAAGGCGCAGCGGUAUAUUUCUGCCCUGGAUACGGCACGAUGCCAGGACAGAUGGGAUGAAGUCCCUGAAUUGAUCCGAAAGGUGACCAAGCAUGCACCUCACAAGACAUACUACCUAGAGGUCGCUAGGGCCGAAUCCAAGGUUGCUGCGCAUGAUAAGGAACGGCCGUCGACCGCUCAAUCGUCUUCGUUCAAUCUACACGAAUUAGUACCCUCGCUCUUGUCGAUUGUUGAGAAACCGGAUGCGUCACCGCAGGAGAUACUCCAAACACAAGCUUGUCUGGGUUGGAUACAUUAUACACUCAAUGAAGCGGGGAUAGCAGCAUCUCGUCUGCCGAACGACUUUGGAGAGACGGUGAACAGCAUCUCGGACAAUGGCCAAGAGCCUUCCUCAUGGACACGAGUAUGUCUCGUCAAGGGGUGUUACUUUAAAAGUGCUGGGCUAUCCGCGGAUUCGAAACCUAAUGAUGCACUGGAGGCAAUCAGCUCGCUCACGCCGUGGCUGAGUAGCCAUAGUCAGACAUUCUCGAGUACCCCUCAGUUUUCAUAUUGGACCGAGAAGCUUCUAGGGAAGAGUGCACAGUUAACCGGCGAUCAAAUAUGCGCUAAUACCGUCGUUGUCGACGAUAAGUUGAUGGGAACUGCCUUGACUUCAUUCCGAUUAUGGUCUGCGCAUCCCGUCGCAAAACAACCAUCCUCUUCCCAAGGGCAGAAGCUCGCUACCUGGAAAUCAUAUUACGAUUCCUUGACAGCUAUCCUGCAACAUGGCCUACCAUAUGUACCUGCGACUAGCGAACCUGAACGCCCUCAGCUUGCUAGCGAAUUGCGCCGUGUGGAGUCGAUUUAUGAAGCGAAUCUCCUACAAAGUGUCAUGUUUCCCACAGCAAAUAGCACGAAUUCGCAAGUUGAGGAGUGGGUUGAGCAAAUAAUUGCGAAUUGGGAAGUACUCUGUGGGGGCCACUGGCGGGAUGAAGAUCUCGGGGAAGGAGGCCAAAGUGCUGUUUCACGGAAUGUUCUUGAUAUUUUAUACCGUGCUGCUACUAAGACGUACCACUCCCACUUGAUUCUUCGACGCCUGUUCCACGUCCACUCUGCAGUGGCGGAAUUCGAUCUCGCGCUCAAAGCUCUCGACUCGUACAUAGAGAUUGUCAUUAGUGCCAAAGAGCGCGCGGAAAAAGCAGCAGAAUCGGGCGAACUCGAGGACGACAGCACUUUAUUGAGAACUCUCUCUGAAGGAGUUAGCAUGCUGUGCUGCUUUGGCUCAGAAAGGGAAGCGGAGAAAGCGAAGGAUUUGGUCGCACUCAUCCAGAAGGUCGUUGAUAGGCAUGCUCAGGAAAGCGCCAGUGGCCAGGGAAGUGACCAGCAGCCUGCUGGGCAAAAAACAAACCCGCCAUAUUCCGGGGACGUCCCUCCUGCAGUCCUUGCCAUGGCAUACAGGGCUAUCGGUGUCGGACUUGCGAACUGGGCUUACUGGACGCCAAUAAACGAGGCUCGGGAUGACAUUCGAGCCGAAGCAAUUGAAUAUCUAGAAAGAAGCAUUGCUCCAGAACUGGAAGAUGAGUUGAACUACUCAUCACUAUACACUCUUGCCCUUGUGCUGGCGGAAGAUCGUGAUCUGGAUGGUGCAAUCGACUACGUCAAAUCAGCACUUACAUCCAACACCCAUCCUACCAAUCAGGCAGACCUCGCAAGGGCACGGGAUCUAGUGUCCUUAUGGCAUCUUCUCGCGCUUCUGCUGAGUGCAAAGCAUGAUUUUGCCAUGGCUGAGCGUUCAUGCGAAACCGCAUUUGAGCAGUUCCCAACUGCUGUUACAUCGCAUGAUAAACGCUCGCAAAAACAGCAUCUGGACGUUCAACUCGAUGCAUCAGAUCUUAAGCACGCCCUAGUUGAUCAGUUGCGAGGCCGGGAGAAAGAGCGUAUUAUCGAGACGCGCGUGACGCAACUUGCAUUUGUUGAGAUCAUGGAGGGUCCAGAGGCUGCUGUUAACCAUAGCCAUCAGCUCCUCAGUCUUUUCGCCACUCUAUUCCAAAAUCUCGAAUUGGAGGGUGAAGGCAGUAGCAAAAAUGUGAAGACCAACCAGACAGAUCAUCUCAUUCCACCGAAAAGCUCCGCUGGAACCGUGAAAACUUUCCGUGGUAGCAUAUUUUCACGGAACAGGGUAUCCCGUCUGCCAGAACGGAGGUUGGAGUCUGGAGGUGAUCACACCACAAACGGCGCAAGAGAGCAGCCCCAUGGCGCUGAAGGAGCGCCCUCCAUUCAGGUCACAGACGAGGAUACAAAUCCCCCUGAUUCUAGUGGACAGGGAGUAGGAAAGUCGGACUCGGUGAAGCAGAAAUUUAGAAGGCGUGCCAGUAGCGUUAAGAAGCCUGAAAACCUUCCAAAACAUGAUUUUAUGGCGAAUGGGGAGGGGAUACCGGAAGCAUCUGAUAUCGGGACAGCACAGCAAACUCAGAAAGAGGCCAAUCACCAGCACACAGUUGGAAUUGCAGUGUCUGAAGCCGUUCCGUCAUCUGAUCAGAGCGCCAAACAACCUCUCUGGCCUAUUGCUCACAACAUGAAGCACACGCACCAGCCUUACCCCUCUGGGCAUCCGAAACAGCCGCCUGAGCAAGACGUUCGACUGCCGACCUCUUACAGAUUCGACUCACCCACAAGUGCAGUAACUAGAUUCCCCAUUUCCCAAGCCCAGAAACACGCACUUGGGGUCCUCGUCAAGAUCUGGCUCCUCAUUGCUGGGCUUUACCGACGAGCAUCAUUAUUCGACGACGCACAGGAAGCAUGCGAAGAGGCUUCCAAGCAACUCAGCCGCAUAGAUGCACUUGUUGCAGCACAGAACGCAUCCGCCAAAUCCUUCAGCAACCGGGGCUGGGGUGUGUCCAGGAGUUCCGAAGAGCUCUGGGCCGAUCUCCAAGCUGAACAAGCAUAUCUCUCCAUAGCUCAAUCGCGACCUCAUGAAGCAAUAGAGCAGUUCGAGACAGCACUGAUGCGUGACCCCGAUCAUCCUAGAGCCACCAUCGGGCUAGCAAACUUGCUCCUCGACAUCUGGGAUCAGACAAUGCCUGCAGAAACUCCUCAGUCCGAAGUGACAUACGAUGCUUCGACACUCUCCUUCUUACCGUCGUCGAAGCAGAACUCGCAGAGCGACUCUGCUCGUCUGCUAGGUGUCACAGAGCCACACAAGCCUCAGGAUCUCAAAUCAGCUUCGCUUUCUCCAGAUGAAGAACCCAAGUUCCUCAACCGUCUCGCCGCUCGCGACCGCGCUUAUGGUCUCUUGUCGACUUUGACCAAGCGUGGCAGCUCUUGGGAUAACUCUGAAGCUUGGUAUGCUCUAUCCAGGGCCUAUGAAGCUGGAGGGCAGAUCGAAAAGUUGAAGGAGGUUCUAUGGUGGUGCAUUGAACUCGAAGACCGACGGCCCAUCCGGCACUGGUCGAAUAUUGGCUCUGGUCUAUAUGUUCUUUAA